UUAAUCAGUAGGCAGGCAUUGAUUUUACUGAGACUUUUAGCCCUGUUAUUAAACCCAUCACUGUUCGUCUUGUUCUUACUUUAGUUGUGUCGUUUUGUUGGCCAAUACGCGAACUUGAUGUGAAAAAUGCUUUUCUUCAUGGUCAUCUUACGUAGGAGGCGUCAGCCACCUGGUUUUGUCCAUUCUCAGUUUCCUCAUCACCUGUGUCGGAUUCGUAAAGCUAUCUAUGAUCUCAAACAAGCACCUCGUGUUUGGUUUCACCGGUUUAGUAGUUUUCUUCUUUCUCAUGGUUUUGUCUGCAGCAGGUCUGAUAAUUCUUUAUUUAUUUUUCGGCGCAAUUCCGAUAUUAUAUACCUCUUGCUAUAUGUUGAUGAUAUUAUUGUUACAGGCAAUUAUCCAAAAAUAGUCACUCGAUUUUUAUCUCUUUUGGCUAAAUGUUUUGCCAUGAAGAAUUUGGGGGAUUUGCGUUUCUUUCUCGGGAUACAUGCGUCUCGGACUUCGUCCGUUUAUUUCUCUCUCAGCAUAAGGCAUCUCCACUCGUGGCUUCUUCAACGGGCUUCUCGUGAUUGUCCAUCGAUUAUUGAUUAUUUGGAUGCUGAUUGGGCUGGCUGCCCUGAUACAAGUCAUUCUACAUCCGGUUUUGCAAUUUUCCUAGGGCCGAAGUUAAUCUCCUGGCAUUCCAAGAAGCAGCCUACUGUCUCCUGGUCUUUCACUAAAGCAAAAUAUAGAGCCGUGGCGUUCACUGUUCAGGAUACUAUUCACGUUCGUUCAGUUUUGUUUGAGUUGGGUUUUCCUGUUCGCGAACCCACUACGCUAUCGUGUGAUUAUGUUUUCGCAUCAUAUCUCUUAGUUAAUCAUAUUCACCAUGCCAGAAGCAAACAUAUUAAUAAUGACUAUCAUUUUGUUCAUGAACAUGUGGCUCAUGGUGAUCUUCAUGUGAAGUAUGUUCCUACUCAGGCUCAGCUGGCAGAUACUUUUACUAACUGUUUGUCUCCACAACGGUUUACUGUACUUCGUAACAAUCUGCGCUUCGUUUCCCCUGCAUAGUUUGAGGGGGUGUAAUAGAGUAGUGUAUACUUAUUUAUUAUUGUGGACUCAUGUUGUAAUUAUGACUCUUGUUUUCUAUAAAUAUAUCUGCCAGGGCUACCAUUAUGGUUAAACCUGGUAAUUAUUCUCACAAUAGGCACCGACAGAGGAACGGUCCAUUACCCCUUGGCAAGGAAACAACCAAUGCCCAAUUUGGGCACGGUUCAACAAGAAAAUCAUCAGACACUCGUCUUAUGCAAG